AUGUCCCGCCACGGCCUCGCGCUGAGGUCUCUGAGCCGGGACACGGAGGGAGCUGUGUGGAGGAGGAGGUGGGGGCGAGCCUGUCUCCCGCCCCGCUCACUGGUGUGUGCGGACAGAUUGGUUCACAACGCCCUGUACACCGGAGACCUGCUCAGGGUCCAGUGCCUCUUCACCAGGGGCAGCAUCGGGGAUCUGCUAAUCCCACAGGCAGAGGAAAGCGUGCAGCCGGCACCCACACGGGAGACGGUGCUACUCCUGACCACGGACCCCCAGCACCCCCAGCUUCACCCCAACGUGGUAUUUGACACCAGCGACGUAGAGCAGUGGAGGAACUACCGCUACAACCUGCGGGCCCUGAGGAUCUGGUCACUGUGCUACAAGCAGGAGUUUACCACCCCGCUGCAGAUCUGCUCUAGCAGGGGAUAUGACCAGUGUAUGCGGCACCUACUGUCCUGUGGAGCUGAGCCCGACUUUUCUCCCGGAGGAAAGACUGCCCUGCACGAGGCGUGUGAGAACUCCCAGGCUGAGUGUGCACGACUACUGCUAAGAGCGGGAGCUAACCCAAAUGCAGUAUCCGAGGAUGGCUACUGUCCGCUGCAUCUCUGCACCUCACCCGAAUCCCUGAGAUGUGCGCAAUACUUACUGGAAUUUGGUGGCCACAUUAACAGUCGGACAGAGGAAAAGGAUGACACUGCACUGCACAUUGCUUCCAGGUUUGCCCUGGAGGAGCACGUCGACUUGUACCUCAGCUACGGAGCCUCGAUUAACCGGUUAAAUGAGUGUGGUCAAACUGCCUUGCACUGCGUGUGUGGUCAACCCCACAGCCAUGCAGAUGCUGAGAGAUAUUACCGGGUGUGCAGAAAGCUGGUGGAGAGUGGAGCCAGUGUGGUAGCGCUGGAUGAGGAGCAACAGUCUGCUCUACACCUGGCCUGUUACACAUCCAACUACAGGAUUGUGGAUCUGCUCCUCGCCAGGGGCGUUGAUGUCAACCGCAUGGACUACGGUGGCAAUGCUCCCCUUCACAAAGCCCUGCAAGCUGUCAGCUACAAGCUGGAUCAUGAGCCCGAGCGUGUAGUGCAAUCCCUCCUGAACUACGGAUCCAUCCGCAUCUGGCCAGGUGCCUUUCCCAAGGUGUUGAAAUACUGUUCCAAGUCUCCGGCAACGAUUGAGGUUCUGCUCAAUGUCUACGACCACCUCAAGGUGACAGACGAAUGGAUGAAGGCAAUCCCACUGGAGGUUCUGCGGGAACACGCCGAGUUCUACAGCUUGCUGGGGUCGGUGCUGCGCACUCCGCGCUCCCUACAGCACCUGUCUCGGUGCGUCAUCCGCGCUCACUGCCGAGGCCCCUGCGCGAGCGCCGUGCCCGCGCUGCCGCUGCCCUCCGCCAUCAAAAACUUCCUGCUGCUCGAGAUCCAGGGCUUCCUGAUGUAG